AUGCAGAACUUGAUGAGUUGUGAACGUGCCUUGCAGCUCGGGUACUUCCCGGAGACUCUCGUGGUGAACUUCGACCAGCUGCAUCGGCAAGUCUCGGCAAACCAGCGGGGGCAGUCUCAGGAGGACGUGCCGGAGUGGAACGAGGAGGAGAGGGAGGCCUGGAAGUCAGCUAGACACCUUGCUUUUCAGCGGGUGGAGGAGAGGCUGCGCGACAACCCCGAGGUUCUCAUCCUCGUGGACGACAACCUCUACCUGAGGAGCAUGCGAUACUACUUCUGCAAGAUCGCCCGCAAGCAUCAUGCCAGCACCUGCACCCUCUGGGUAUCCUGCGACGUCGACCUGGCGCUCCGACGUAACGCGGCAAGAGAAGUUCAGGAUCGCGUCCCUCCGGCUGUCGUCGAAAGGAUGUUCGACAAGUUCGAAGAGCCAGGAUACACACCGAGCAGCAAGUCUUCCUGGGAGAAGCAUGCGGCGAAAGUUUGUACAGACGCGAGUUUCACUAUCCCGUGGGAUCUGAUCAUAGAAGCUUUCAAACACCCGCACACGGCGGAGGAAGUGAAUCCCGACGCUGAGCUGCAGGCAGAGGAGGACAGGAAGAGGACGAGAGAAAAUCAAACGCACAGGCUUGAUCUGGAGCUGAGAAAGGUUCCCAAUCUUGACGGCCUGCCUUCCGUCCGCUCUGUGAGUUUGAAUUGA